CCACCUUCCCUUUUGUCCUCUUCCUUCUCCUUCUUCCCUUUUAUAAUUCCCUUCCAUUCUGAUCUAAAUCCCCAAAUUCACACUACACAUCCUUCAAAUUCUCUCUCAAAUUCUCAAAAUUCUCCAACCCCACCGCCAUGGCCAAGCUCGGUAGGCUCACGAAGCUCAAAUCCGCCAUCAAACGCUGGCCUUCCAUCUCCAAGCUCUCCCGCACCGGCACCCCCACCUCCUCCUCUGCCGUCUCCUCCGCCGCCCUCGACGACAACGACAACGACAACCACCACCUCCACCCCGUCUUCGUCGGCAGGUCCCGCCGCCGCUACCUCCUCUCCUCCGACGUCGUCCAUCACCCCCUCUUCCAAGAGUUAGUCGACAAGUCGUCCGCCAAUUCCGACGACCAGGGUCUUGUCGUGUCUUGCGAGGUUGUUCUGUUCGAGCACUUGCUGUGGAUGCUUGAAAAUGCCGCCACCCAAUUGGGGUCCGCCGAUGAACUCGUCCAAUUCUACACUUAGAAUUGUGGUACAUAUAUUGUUAUUAUCAUUGUCUUAUUGUCGUUGUUGUUCAAGAAUAGAGAGAAAAAGAAGAAAAAAAGUACUAAAUUAACCCAUUUGAUUAAUUUUACCCUGUUUUUGGAAGAAAAAACAGACAGUUCUCUCCAAAUCUCAUUUUCUCUUUAAUUUGUUGUAUGAUUUUCCGGGAAAGUUUGUGUGUUGAUUAUUCUCAGAAUGACGAGUGAAAAGCCCAAUGCUAAAGUUAUCACAGCUUGCGGCCAAUUGUACAAUUUUUCUUUCUUUACCCACAGAAACAACUUCUGGUUGACAUUUUGUGUUUAUAUAUAUAUAUAUGUUUCUCGUUGUUUA